UCCACCAGCUCCUUCUUCCUGCCUUCCUUCCUGAGGAUUUCCCUUUGGCAUCUAAAACAAAAACAGGAGUUGGGGGAGCUAGGCGGCGGGGGAAGAGUCAGGAAAAACCCACCACUUUCAUUUGGAAAUUGCAAUGAAGCAGUGAAGUCCUCCCUCGGCACCCCACACAACUCUUGCCUCUAGAGGAAUUUCUUGGCUUGGUGUGUGGGUGCCUGCUAUUUGGAUUGUUGCACAGGAUUUGGACUUUGAAUCAGACCCAGCACUAAUGAGGUUCGUGGAAUUAAUUUAUGUCUGUUCUCAGCCACUGAGCUUCCUUUAUUUUAUUUUUUUGCCUAUCGAUUAACCAGAGAGACGUUAAAUGAAGCGUGGGGCUUCUCACCCAGGAAUAAAAGAAUGGACAAGGUACUACAAAGGACUUUGCUUCGGCUGUUGCUGUUAUCACUGCUUCAUACCUUGAGCCAAGGAAACAGAAAUAAUCGUUGUGUGGCUUCCAGGGCAAAAAGCUGCACUGAGUGUAUCCAAGCAAGCAAGGACUGCUCUUUUUGCAGUGAUGAGAACUUCAAAGAGUACCGCUGUGAUUUCAAAGACAACUUAUUAAGAUACGGCUGCAGUGAGGCCAGCAUAGUCUUCAUGGAAGGAGAGAUGCUAACAAAAUCGGAAUUUAAGAUUGAUACAUCUCUGAAGAAAACACAAGUAUCCCCGCAGAACAUAGCAUUGAAGUUGAGAGCUGGCGAGGAAGCUAGCUUUGACCUGGAUGUGUUUGAGCCCAGUGAAUCUCCUGUGGACCUCUACAUUCUCAUGGACUUUUCCUAUUCCAUGCGUGACGACUUGGACAACCUUAAAACAAUGGGCCAACAACUGGCAAAUUUUUUGACUCAGCUAACCAGUGAUUAUACUAUUGGCUUUGGCAAGUUUGUGGAUAAAGUUUCUGCCCCACAGACAGAUAUGAGGCCUGAGAGACUCCGUGAGCCUUGGACUGGUGCUGACCCACCCUUCUCCUUUAAGAAUGUCAUCCGCCUAACCCAUGAUAUCAAUAAAUUCAGCCAAGAGUUAAUGACGGAGCAAAUAUCAGGGAACUUGGAUUCCCCAGAAGGUGGAUUUGAUGCCAUAUUACAAACGGCUGUUUGCAAGGAGCAGAUUGGCUGGCGGGAAGAGAGCACUCAUCUCCUGGUGUUCUCCACCGAGUCCGCCUUCCAUUACGAAGCUGACGGUGCCAAUGUCCUUGCAGGAAUUAUGAGAAGGAAUGAUGGUCACUGCCACAUGAACAGGACAGGAAGUUACACCUUUGACACCAAGCAGGAUUACCCCUCCGUCCCCGCACUUGUGAAACUGCUGAGGCAGAGCAACAUCAUCCCCAUAUUUGCUGUCACCAACUACUCUUACGAUUACUAUGAGAAACUGCACACGUAUUUCCCAAUUUCUGAAAUUGGGAGGCUGCAAGAAGAUUCCUCUAAUAUUGUAGACUUGCUUCGUAUGGCUUACAGGCGUAUUAGUUCCAAGAUGGACAUUCGAGCUUUUGGCACCCCAAAAGCCAUGAAAACAGAAAUAACAUCUGAGAAGUAUGAAAAGACAGAGUCUGGCUCAUUCAAUGUUGUCCGUGGUGAAGUGGGCAGGUUCAAAGUCCGUGUGAAAGCUCAUGAGCAAGUGGGUGACAAGCAUGUCUGCAGUCUCCCGGAGAAAGAUCGGGAUGGCAUUUUCCACAUUAAGCCCUCCUCUUUCGGUAACAACGUGGAGAUAGCCGCCUCAGUCAUUUGCGACGCCUGCCCCUGUGAAAUGCAACAGGAAGUCCUAUCACCUAGGUGCAAUUUCAGGGGGAACUUCGCCUGUGGAGAAUGUGUUUGCAAUGCAGGCUGGCGGGGAGCUACCUGUAACUGCUCUACCACCUCCUCUACUGAUGAUGCGGCCUGCAUACGGCCAGGGGAUACAGAGCCCUGCUCAGGGCAAGGUGAAUGCCUCUGUGGGCUAUGCGAGUGCUAUUCUGACGGUCGGACCCAGCGUUUUGAGGGCCGCUUUUGUGAAUUUGACAAUUUGCAGUGUCCCCGCAGUUCCGGAUUCCUCUGCAACGAUCGGGGGCGCUGCUACAUGGGUGAGUGUGCAUGUGAAAGUGGUUGGGAAGGCCCUGGCUGUGAGUGUCCCACAAGCAACGAAACCUGUAUCUCCAGCAGUGGGAUUCUUUGUAAUGGGCGCGGGAGAUGUGAAUGCGGCAGAUGCAUCUGUAGUAACCCCAAGCUCUACAUUGAACCCACCUGCGAAACCAGUUAUGUCCUGGGCUACCGGCAUGUGUGUGGAGAAGAUGUCCGAACCUGUGUUCAGUGCCAGGCUUGGGGGACUGGAGAGAAGAAGGGAAAGAAAUGUGACAAAUGCCCUUACAAGAUCCGAGUAGUGGAUGAACUGGAGCAAGGGGAAGAUCUAAAUACAAUUUGUUCGUACCAAGAUGAAGAGGAUGACUGCAGGUACCACUACCGCAUGGAAGAGGAUUCCAACCCAGAGUUUAAUGGCACCAUUAUUGUGCAAAGGAAGAAAGAGUGCCCAUCAGGAAGCUUCCUUUGGCUUAUCCCAUUAGUCAUUUUACUGAUGCUCCUCCUGGGGCUGCUUCUUCUGCUGUGCUGGAAGUUCUGUGCUUGUUGCAAGGGUUGCCUGGCUCUGCUGCCCUGUUGUGCACGAGGCCGCACUGUUGGUUUCAAGGAGGACCACUACCUGCUCAGGAAAAGCCUCAUGACCUCGGACCACCUAGACACUCCCAUGGUUCGCAGUGGCAACCUGAAAGGCAGAGACACAGUUCACUGGAAGAUCAACAACAAUGUGCAUAAGGAAGGCUUCUCUUCCUUAGCUCUCAAUCCCAAGGACCUGAUUCCAUACGGAGUGUCUCUGAGACUGGCCCGGCUCUUCACCCAAAACCUUGCAAAACCAGAUAGCCGUGAGCAUGAGCAACUGCAAAAGGAUGUGGAGGAGAAUCUCAAUGAGGUUUACAGGAUUAUCCCUGGUGCCCACAAAUUUCAGCAGACAAAAUUCAGGCUGCAGCCAAAUGCUGGGAAAAGACAGGACCACACAAUCGUGGACACAGUGCUCCCUGCUCCCCGCUCAGCCAAGAAUGAGAUUGUGAAAGUAACAGAGAAGCACGUCUCACAAGAGGCUUUCAACGAUCUGAAAGUGUCCCCUGGUUACUACACUGUAAUCUCUGACCAAGAUGCUCAUGGCAUGGUAGAGUUUCAGGAAGGAGUGGAGCAGGUGGAUGUCCGGGUUCCCCUCUUCAUCAGGGAAGAAGAUGAUGAUGAAAAGCAGCUGCAAGUGGAGGCCACUGAUGUCCCUGUGGGAACUGCAGACAUUGGGCGCCGGCUUGUCAACAUCACCAUUAUUAAAGAGCAAGCAAACAGCAUCAUCCGCUUCCAGGAGCCAGCUUAUUCAUACAGUCGCUUCGACCAGGUGGCUAAGAUCCCCAUACUUCGUGACAUACUGGACAAUGGGAAGUCUCAGAUAACAUACAGGACACGAGAUCUCACUGCCCAGGAAGGCAAAGAUUAUGUUUUUGCAGAGGGUGAUAUAGUCUUCCAGCCUGGGGAAAAGCGGAAAGAGGUGCAGGUGAAAUUGCUGGAACUGACUGAGAUAGACGCCCUUCUUCGCAAUCAGCAGUUGAAGCAGUUUGCGGUGGAUCUCAUCAACCCCAGGUUCGGUGCAAAGGUUGGCAAAUACCCUCAAACCAUUGUGACAAUUGCCGAUCCAGAAGCUGUGGAUGGCUUAGCAUCGGCAAAGCUCCUAGGCCAGCAACCGCAGCCUCCCAGAGGCAUACUUGGAGCUCCCCUUAAUCCAAAUGCACAGGCACUAACCUCUAGGAAGAUCCGAUUCAACUGGUUGCCACCUCCUGGCAAACCUGCAGGGUACAAGGUGAAAUACUGGAUCCAAGGGGACCCUGAGUCAGAAGCUCGCCUGCUUGAUUCGAAGGUGCCAUCGGCGGAGUUGACUAACCUGUAUCCCUACUGUGAUUACGAGAUGCAGUCCUGUGCCUACAACGAUAUGGGCGAGGGGCUUUACUCCGAAGUGGUCCACUGCCGCACACUUGAGGACCUUCCUAGUGAGCCUGGGCGCUUGGCUUUCAAUGUAGUCUCUUCCACUGUGACACAACUGAGCUGGGCUGAGCCUGCCGAGACUAACGGAGUUAUCACAGCCUACGAAGUCAGCUAUGGACUUGUCAACGAGGUCAACAGACCCGUUGGGCCCGUAAAGAAAGUCAUGGUGGAGGGUGCCAAGAAGCGAAUGGUUCUGAUUGAAAACUUAAGGGAAUCGCAGCCCUAUCGCUACACAGUGAAAGCCAAAAAUGGAGCUGGAUGGGGUCGUGAACGAGAAGCUACUAUUAACUUGGCCACACAACCCAAACGCCCUAUGUCCAUUCCCAUCAUCCCUGAUGUGCCAAUAAUUGAUGCUGAAGGAAGAGAAGACUACGAUAGCUACCUGAUGUACAGCGCAGAUGUCAUGCGCUCACCAGCUGGUAGCAAACACCCCAGCAUCUCAGAUGAUUCUGGCUCUCGUUGGAAAUAUGUGCAGCUGCUAGGGGAGGAGCUGGACCUUCGACGCGUCGCCUGGAGGCUCCCAGCAGAAUUGAUCCCUCGUUACUCGGACAGCAGCUGCUUUUCCUCGGACACAGAGGGUCUCCUCCAUGAGGAUAGCACCCCCUCUGAGCUAGUGGACAGUGAUGCAGCCAGCCGCAGUCUACCAAGGAGUGGGACUCCCCAGCCCCAACCAGAACACAUGAAUGGCCGAAUGGAUUUCGGCUUCCCUGGCAGCGUUGGAAGCCUGACCCGGAAUGUGACAACAAGUUACAACCAUCUAAGUCCACACAUAUACCACGAGAGAAGGAUAAUAGGAAACUCGUCUCAGACAAGGGAGUAUGCCACAGUGGCGUCUGGGCAUGACCAGUCCAGGAGGAUAUUCCCUCCCAUACAUGAAGAUGCUGGGAGGAUGGUCCUGAUGCCUCAGGAUGAGGGCUUCAGGAGGGCAAAGGUGAAGGGUUACUAUGGCGAUAGUGAUGCUUGGGAUUCUAUAGCCAUGGCUGACGGGCCCUCUUGGAUUUCCAAAUACCUAGGCAUGUCAGGGCAAGGCACACAGUCCAGGGUACAUUAUGCUGUCCCCCAGAAAGCCAGGGGCCGCACUCACUCCGAAGAUGUCCGUGAGGCACUGAGCAACUUGGACACAGUGCUUCAGGAUUCCAGGAUGCAGCUGGGUGUUCCAGACACACCUACACGCUUAGUCUUCUCCGCCCUGGGGCCUACCUCCCUGAAGGUCAGCUGGCAGGAGCCACAAUGCGAUAAAGAAGUGCAAGGAUACAGCGUACAGUACCAGCUCCUCAACGGAGGAGAGAUCCAGAGACUUACUAUUCCCAACCCUCACCAGAACUCCAUAGUGGUAGAUGACCUACUGCCAAACCACUCCUAUGUCUUCAAAGUGAAGGCGCAAAGUGAUGAAGGAUGGGGUCCAGAGAGGGAAGGCGUGAUAACUAUUGAGUCACAAGUGGAUCCGCACAGCCCUCUGAGUCCUGUCCCAGGAUCACCGUUCACUCUGAGCACACCCAGUGCCCCGGGGCCUCUGGUGUUCACAGCCCUGAGUCCAGACUCUCUUCAGCUGAGCUGGGACAGACCCCGCCAACCCAAUGGGUUAAUUCUGGGCUAUAUGGUCACCUGCGAGAUGCUGCAUGGUGGAGGGGAACCCAGGAAUAUCUACGUGGAGGGAGACAACUUAGAGACCACGCUGACAGUGCCUUACCUGAGUGAAAAUGUUCCAUAUAAGUUUAAAGUCCAAGCAAAGACCACACAAGGCUUUGGGCCUGAAAGGGAAGGAAUUAUCACUAUUGAAUCUCAAGAUGCAGGUGCCUUUUCUCAGUUUGGAACACAGCAAUUCACCAGAGAGGAGGUCUACAAUCUCCCCACAGAAUACAGUACCCAAACCAGCAUCACUCACUCCCCACUGGAUCCUUUAUACGCAGAUGGCAUGCUGAUGACCACUCAGCGAGUGGAGAGUGGCAGCACCCUCACCAAGCAGGUCACCAAUGAAUUUGUCACCAGAACCAUGAUGUCUAACAGCAGCGGGACAUUCUCCAGACAGACAGAGAGGCAGUUCUAUGAAGCUUGAGUCAGGAAGCAAACUGCCCAAGGGACACUUGGAUUUCAAUAGCUGGUGACCUCAAGCAGGCCUGCUCUGUGAUCAGUUCCUGGACUGAGGCUCGUGGUGCCCACUGCAUUGCUUCAACUCCAAUCAAAGUACUGGGUGCUGCUUUGAGAUACUCACGAGUGGAGACUGCAUGCAUUCCAGGUGGCACCCUAAAGACAUUACGAAAAGAGUUUUUUUUAGCAAGAUGCUUGGCUGUGAAGUGUGAAGGGCUAUUGGUUAGUUCCAUUUUGAGUCGAGCUCCUGACUCUUUUCAUGCUUUGCUUGGCUGCUUCCCGAUAUCACACACUGGAAGAUUUAACUACACACAACUGAAUUUGCUUUUUAAAUCCCCACGUCUCACCAAACCUUUCCCACUUUUGCUGCUUGUUUCAUUUUGAUCUGUUCCCAAGCCAGUCUCUCCCCACCCUCCCACCCCAUCAACAAAUGGCAUGCCAGACCUCCAGGGGAGGAACAGAAUUGCAACUUUGUCCUCCUCCUUUGUAAGUGCAGAGCAGCAGAAGAGGAAUUGUCCUUAUUCCUCCUACAUUGGUGUGUAGACACCUCUGCUGCUUAGGUGUGGUCCUGUAGGAACUGCUUAGUACCUUAAGUUGCAUAGCAUCACCGACAAUUCAAUGCUCCUUAAAAUAUGAUGUGCACUCUUACUUAAAAUAUUAUAGGACUAUUUUUUGUCCUACAAAGGCUCCUUUAUCCUAGAUGUAAUAAGGAGCCAAAAUCCAGAUGCGAAUCCUCUGCUCCUUACUAUAGAAAAUAAAUAUUUGGCAUGGCUUUAUAAUCCAUUAAUGCCUUUGCUGGAAGAACCCCCUGGAAUGAUACCAUUUCAUAUUGAAUAACAAAAACCAACAACAUUAAGAGUUGUUGCUGAGUUCCACCUUCAGUCCUCCCUCACUCCCCAUUUUGGCAGUGGUAGUUCACUGGCCCAUAUCAGUAGCCCAAGCGUAGCAUGUUGAUUUACACCAGGCAUCUCCAAAGUUCGGCCCUCCAGAUGUUUUGGACUACAAUUCCCAUCUUCCCCGACCACUGGUCCUGUUAGCUAGGGAUCAUGGGAGUUCUAGGCCAAAACAUCUGGAGGGCCGCAGUUUGGGGAUGCCUGAUUUACAUCAUUGGCCCAUUUCGGACAUAGAAAAAUUCAGAUUGCCCUUAGAAUCAGGGUUGGAAGGGUAAUUAGCCCGGUCCACUGCAGCUACCCUUCCUACCUCUUGGCCAGUGGCCAGGUUUUAAUUACAGUGUGCAUGCAAUUAAUCCUUCAGGGCCUGUAUAACACAGGCAUCACAUAUUUUUGCACCAUGUACUUUCAGCCACAUUGCAUUGAUACUAUACAGUGCUGCCUCGACUUACGAAUUUAAUCCGUUCCGAAGGCACCUUCUUAAGUCGAAAAAUUUGUUAGUCGAAAAACGUCAUUGGAAACGCGAUUUCCCAUAGGAAUGCAUUGGAAACGUAAAAAUUCGUAAGUCGAAGCAACCCUAUCUAAAAAUUCAUAAGUCGAAAAAUCCCUAUCUAAAACCGCUGCGGUUUUCUUUCGGAUGUUGAGACAUUCGUAAGCACGUGGCCAUUCGUAAGUCGAAAAAUUCGGUUGUCAAGUCGUUCAUAAGUCGAGGUACCACUGUAGUCAAAAACACUACAGUAUCCACAAGGCAGUGCAACUGUGAUGGCGUUUCCACUACCUUUUGCUGCAUGUGUAGGCACAGCUUGAGUUGUAGAAGCAGUGGCUUUUGCAGAACUACCUGAGGGUAUAUCAACAGGGGUGGGGGAUGACUACCAGUAGGUAACUAAAGGCAGAAUCAAGGUAGGAAGUGAAUACAUGGAAUUCUGACUAGAGACACAAGCUGUAUGACCACCGACCUGCCUUUGUUUACGUCACUUCACCUUCCUUAGAAAGGGGUGGGAGUGAAAGCUUUUUGCUUGUUUGUAGGUCUUUAUUUAUACAUAUGCAGAUUUAACAAAGAAGGCAAACAACUCUCACAAUCUGAUUGUACCAAUUUUGUACCAACAUUUUACUCCUUGCUAAAAA